AUGGAUAUGAUAGAGGGUCGUGGGAUCACAGACAACAUACAGAGAUUUUCCUCACUGCCACCUUAUCUACCUGUGAGCUACCACAUCCUCCGAGCAGAGAUUUCCUUCUUCCUAAAGGAAACCAACCAGGACUUGCUGCGAAACUCCAGCCUGCAGUCCAGAGUUGAGUCCUUCUUCACAUACAAAGCCAAGCAGCCUCCCAUACUAAAUGCUAGCUAUGGGCCUUUUUCUGUGGAAAAGGUUGUGCCUCUGGAUUUAAUGUUGACUUCAAACUUUUUAGGCCCAGCUAAUAAGUUUAGUUUCGAUUGGAAACUGAAAGCCUAUAUCCUGCGGGAUAAAAUCUACCUGAGCCAGCCCAAAGUGCAGAUUCUGUUCCACAUCAUGGGCAGAGACUGGGAUGACCACAGCACCGGGGAGAAGCUGCCCUGCCUGAGGGUCUUUGCCUUCCGAGAGACCAGAGAGGUAAGGGGCAGCUGCCGGCUCAAGGGGGACCUCGGGCUGUGUGUGGCAGAGCUGGAGCUCCCAUCCAGCUGGUUCAGCGCCCCCACACUGGGUACUGGGAGGAAGAAGUCAGUGGAACAGCCAGAGGGCAGUCCUGUGGAGCUGUACUACACGGUGCAGCCCGGAGAUGAGCGAGCAGACUGUGCAGGGGGUGACCUCAGGAAGGGCAAUGCCAUCCGUCCAGGAAAGGACGGACUGGAGGAAACCACAUCCCACCUGCAGAGGAUUGGCACCAUCGGCCUUUACCGGGCCCAGGACAGCGCCCAGCUCAGUGAGUUGCGUUUGGAUGGCAAUGUGGCCAUCUGGCUGCCUUCCAGGCCAGUCAAACAGGGAGCUGUGGUCACUGCCCACGUCACCAUCUCCAGCAAUUCCACCGUGGAUCUCUUUGUCUUGAGAGCCAAGGUGAAGAAGGGGGUGAACAUCUUGAGCGCUGAGACCAGCGAGCCCCGGCAGUGGGACGUGAAGCAGGAGGUGGGCAACGGCGGGAAGCACGCCACCACCACCGUGGCCUGCCAGCGCCUGGGGCCGAGCGCGCGCAACAGAAGCAGCAGUUUAUUCAAUGAGGUUGUGCAGAUGAACUUUGAAAUAGCCAGCUUCAGCAGCCUCUCGGGGACUCAGCCCAUCACAUGGCAGGUGGAAUACCCACGGAAAGGGACCACAGACAUCGCUGUGUCUGAGAUCUUCAUCAGCCAGAAGGACCUGGUGGGCAUCGUGCCCUUAGCUAUGGACACGGAAAUUCUGAACACUGCCAUACUCACGGGAAAGACGGUUGCCAUGCCAAUCAGAGUGGUGUCUGUGGAGGAGAACAGUGCUGUGAUGGAUAUCUCUGAGUCGGUGGAGUGCAAGUCCGCAGAUGAGGAUGUUAUCAAAGUAAGUGAACAACCAAUUGUAAUUUUUUUAAAUGGGCAAAAAACGAAAAAUAAAGUACACUUGCAGU